CUGCUUUCUGCUGAGAAGGGAAGGGAAGGGAAGGGAAGGCAGCACACGGGAGCUGAUCUCCUGCCAAAGCUGGGAAAGUCUCGGUCUGAUUUGUUUGAUAGAAAGAGGCUCUUUGGUGUCAACAGCUGAGAGACUCAGCGUUUGUCAGGCUCCAGGACCACACAGGUGAAGAAUUUAAACCGCGACGCUUCCUCCUCCUUCCUGUUUCUUCCUGUUGUUGAUUGCCAUGAGCUUCUGCCUGUCCUAAAGAAGUUCUCCACCAUGCAAGACUUUCCACAUCACGUUUUACCAAUGGACCCCCAGGUGUGUCCCCCACCUGCUGCCAGCAGCCAAUCACUUCACAGCUACAUGGACAAGUCUGUGGCCAGCACGUUUAAGCCCAGCCACUCGCGGAACAGCAGCACUUGUUCAUCCAAACAGUCAAAAGUGUCUCGUGACUGGGAAGUGAUGGACAGCUUGCAGCAUUCAGACGUUCUCAAGCCCGGAUCCUCUCAGGACCUCAGCAUCCCCGGGAUCUGCGAGGGUUACCUGAUGAAGAGGAGGAAGUAUCCUCUGAAAGGCUGGCAUAGGAGAUACUUCCUACUGGAGAGGGGAAUUCUCAAGUAUUCCAAGACACAGCAGGAUGUUCAAAAAGGAAAGCUCCACGGCUCUCUUGAUAUUAGCCUGGCUGUCAUGUCCGUCAACAAGAAGACCAAACGCAUCGACUUGGAUGCUGGAAACAACCUCUACCACCUGAAGGCAAAGACCAUAGAGAUGUAUUACAUCUGGGUGACCAAGCUGUGUGCCCACCGUGUCUUCAAGAAAAAUGAAGCGAUGAGUGUCCAUCACGGCGUCCUUCACGCUCUGUCCAUGGGCCAGAACUCCCUGCCAGCCAUUGCCACUCUUGCCCACCAGAACAGGGCAAAUCCACCCUACUAUGCCGGCUUCGGGUCGAUGUACCAAGGGGAGCCGCCCAGAGCCGCGCCUGUGGUUUCAGACCCAGCGGUGAACAACAAAGUCUCCGCCUGGCUCCAGCAGACCCACGAUGUUGACGCGACGUCCAACGAGCUGGGCCGGUGCCAGACUGAGCUCGUAGAACUGGCUCAGCUCAUCCAGAGGCUGCAGUGGCUGGAAGGAGGCUUUCCCAUCACCAACACGGACCUGGAGAUGCGCAUCAGCAUGCAGAAUCUCUCGCUUGAGAAACCCAAGAAGAAGAGGGGUUCUGGACACUCCAGGACUUUGUCCCGCGUCGAAGCCAUGGGGGGAGUGUUCACAUCAAGUCACCUCAGCACCAGCUGCAGCAAUCUUACCACAUCCGUGAAGUCCAUCCCAGACUACGUCUACUCCCAGCUGUCCAACCCACAGGUCACGUCACCAGAGGCUAAAAAGCUCCACCAGGACAUCUGCGCCUCGUCCCAGAGAGUCCAUGCCUCUCUGAAGGCCAUCCAUGAAGUCUUGACCAUGGAGAGGGAGAGACUGAGGCAGGCUUGGACUGGGCCGGACCUCCGGCAGAACACCUCGCAGCAGCUUGCAACGCUGUGCAGCACGAUGUCUGAGCUUGAAGUUCAGUCCCGUCUGACCAAAGUCCACUCAUUCUCCCUGUCCUCUGACUCUUCUGAAGAAUCCUUCUGCACUGUCCGUCUGGACCAGGCACCCAUGGCCCGUCCGCCCUCUGUGGCAGAGUCCUUGGCCGAAUACUUUGAUGCCAGCGAGGUGAUUGUGUGCGAGACUUCCUCCGAGGCCGAGGCGUCAGACGAGUCGGGCCUUAGCGACAUCACCACCACCAGCACCUCGGAGCCUGAGGAGGGCCACUCUGCUGCCACCAUCAGCUACAGAGCCAGCGUGAAGAGUGCAACACACAAACCCAUCCUGGCCCAAACCAGCAGUGGGCGUAGGACCACCAUCCCUGCCCCCUCAGCAGACAACAGCCACAUCGGGAUCAUGACCAUUCUCUACAACAACAUUGGGAAGGACCUGUCUAGAGUGUCCAUGCCCGUUCUCCUCAACGAGCCGCUGUGUUUGCUGCAGAGGCUUAGUGAAGAACUGGAGUACUCUGAGCUGCUGGACAUGGCCAACCACAUUGACGAUCCUUAUGAGAGAAUGGUUUAUGUUGCAGUGUUCUCCAUCUCUGGUUACGCCUGGGCAUCCUGGAGGAAUCGCUACAAACCCUUCAACCCUGUCCUUGGAGAGACCUAUGAGAAUGUGAGAGAGGACAGAGGGUUCCACUUCAUCAGCGAGCAGGUCUCCCAUCACCCCCCCAUCUCAGCGUGUCAUGCAGAGUCUGAGAAUUUUACUUUCUGGCAAGAUCAAAGAUGGAAGAACAAGUUUUGGGGGAAGUCUGUAGAGAUCAUCUCCUCCAGUCCAGUCAAUGUUGUCCUCCCCAGAUAUGGGGAUCACUAUGAAUGGAACAAGGUUGUCACCUGCAUUCAUAACGUGCUGAGUCAGCAGCGCUGGUUGGAGCAUUACGGCGAGGUGAUCAUCAAAAACACAAAGAGUGACGUGUGCACCUGCAAGAUUACAUUCGUCAAGUCUCGUUACUGGGGCUCAGACGGCGGUAAAAACGAGGUGCAGGGCGUGGUUCUGGACAAGGCUGGGGAGGUGGUCCAUCGCUUUGGAGGCCUCUGGCAUGAAGGCAUUUUUUGUGACACUUUGUCUACACCCAAGUGCCUCUGGAAACCUAACGUGCAGCCGGACGACCACUUCCAGUUCUACGGCUUCUCGCGGUACGCCCGGGAGCUGAAUGAGCUCACUCCAGACCUGAAGGAGGUUCUGCCCCCGACUGACACGCGGUUCCGGCCAGACCAGAGGCUCCUGGAAGAGGGGAAAGUGGCGGAAGCUGACAAAAAGAAGGAUGAGGUGGAGGAAAAGCAACGAACCAGGAGGAAGGAGAUGGCCAAGAGGGGGGAGGAGCAUAUCCCGCGGUUCUUCAAGAAAGCCAUCGACGCCGCCGGCACAGAGACGUGGCUGUUUAACGGCACCUACUGGAAGCUCCGUAAAGAGCCAGGCUUCUCCAAGACUGAAAACCUGGACCUGUGGUAGAACCGCACGGCUGCAUUCAUGUCUGGUUGCAUCGAAUGCCGUUGAGACAUGAGAGCAAGCCUGGUAGACGGGUAACUGACGUCACUGUUUUCAGAUGCAUGAAUGAUCCUCUUUGUGUGCUGGAGGACUUGUACCAGGUAUAGAGGUGAGAUGCUACAAAGAUGAGCAAAUGUUCACCAACAUCCUCCUCCCCUUCUGGCUGUUGCUGCCUGUGAUGUCAAACCAUAUUUUAACGCUUCCUCUGUCCAGCUCUUUAUUUGCCAUCUCAGAAACCUGCAUGUAAAUCCGGUUCUGCCGGCUGGAGCCUCUGUCUGUCUGUAUGUGUCUGUUUCUGUGGGAUGAAUGACAGAAUUCAUGUUUAGCUGAUUUUGGUUUUUAACGUGGAUGCAUUUAUCACGAAUGCCUGUCUGGGUGCAGCUGUGAUGGAUUUCAGAAUAGUCUAUUCUAAAAAAAGACGGGUUGGGUGACGGUGGAGACCAGGCGAACUGGUUCUGCAUAUUUUCCCUCCGUGCGCAUCACUGUAGGAACUUGGUAAAGUUAGUGUGCUUUAAAUUAGUUCUCAAAGUGAUGAUCAGAAUGUUGGAACCAGCUUUUUGAGACCAGCAGCCUCUGACCUGAAAAACCUGAAAGACCGGGAGUGCACCACUUUUUUUUUCCCUCCAUGACGGCGGUUUUUAUUGUCACCAAUAGAUUUAUACAGAAGAAAAGACUUUAGUGUUAUUUUUUUCUCCCAAAUAAAAUGUUUCGUAAGCACUAUUUUUUUGUCUAACUAAAUGAAUGCUGCUUUUUAAAAAAAACUGCAUUAGUCAAGUUCCAGUCUGCUCUUAAUGCCAUCAAAGCCAUAAACCUGAUCUGCUCAGUGGAUGCUGUUGUCAAAGGUAUAACCUAUUUAAGUAAAUAAAAUAUUGCCCAAAAAUCCA